AUGGUGCGAUCACUUCCAUUACGAAGUGGUUAUUUUAAAACUCCAGAUCUUUCGGAGAAUGAUGAAGCAGAAUUAUUAGCCUGGGGUCGUUCUCUUGUGCCUGAUUUAGUACGUCAGCCUGAAGUUGAGUGGACAAUGCUCUAUGAACGUAAAGGAAUGCAAUUAUGUGAAGAUCGACAAAAGGGUGGACUUACAUACUCAAUUCGAUCUGUAGCUACAGUCCGUGCGACUCUAGAUGAUGUGAUGGAUAUUUUCUUAGCACAGAAUACAAUGGACUAUCGAUCACUCAUGCAAUUACAGCUACGUGAAUUCUUUACAGAUGCUGCCGUGUUAUUUCAUAAAGAACAGAAUGAUUCCGAAGCUCUAAGUAUUAAAUGGACAGCAGCAAGGACGAAAAAAAGUGUUGCCAGUCUUGGGGGACAAGUUGGACUUGAUUUCUGUCUUCUUGAGUAUACAGGUGUCAUUUCAGCCGAUAUGGUAGACACUUGUGGACCGCAGAAUAACGGACUGAAUACGUCUACAUCUUUUUCAAAUAGUCGAUCAACACCUGUGGGUGUGUGUCUCUAUGAAUCCAUUGAUCAGGCAGAGUGUCCGUCGCUAUACGACUCGCACAGACUUGAGCGGGCUUCAGUAUCUAAAUGUGGCUUUAUCUUUCGUCCUCACGUGGAUGACGGAGUUGUGGAAGUUACAUUUGUGUGCAGCAUUCGACAACCGCCUGGAGUGCGUGCAAAACGACGCUGGAAUCGUGCGCUGCUGGCACAUUGGGCGCAGUCUGUGAGUGGUAUUGAAGAGGCCAUUAGUCGUCGACGCAUCUCGAAGGAACUGACGAAACGACGAGUGCCCACGUGGGUAAACGAUAAAGACCGCGCAUGCUGCCAUUUGUGUCUAAAGACGUUUACUAAUACGCGACGUAAGCAUCACUGUCGAGCGUGUGGAGAGAUUAUUUGUCGCGCUUGUAGUGUAUACAAGAGUGUGGAUUUGCAGUCUGUGGGGCUCACUACACUCCGAGUGUGUAAAGCUUGCAUGGAUGGUACGUCGGCUACUUUGGCCGGAUACGAGAAGGAGGAGGCAAAUCUAAAGGCUGCGGCAGCAGUGGCUGUUGCUGCCAAAAGUGUAACAGGUGACGGCGUUGCGUUGCCAGAAGGUGUAGACAACGCUAUUCUGCGAGACGCGGUGGAGGAAUACGCCUUGGCUCUUCCAGGUGCCCAAGUUUCCACGGUGCCGGAUCUAGUUGGUAUUGCAUGGCUGCAGCAGUUGGCAACACGAGACCAAGAGAGCAAGGAUAUGGUAAAUGCGUUAAUGGAGCGACUUCGGAUAGAUUUUCAGGGGAAGGAUGAUGGCGGAACGACCGAGGAGCAGGUAGACAUUUACGACACUCUUUGCGACCUAGCUGCGCAGACUUUGGCGUGCAAAUAUGCUGUCGUUAGUCUGGUAGACGAGAAUCGCCAGUGGUUCAAGAGUGCUGUAAACGUUAAAGAGUCUGAGGUGCCGCGUGACUUUAGCUUUUGUGAAUAUCCAGUGCGUGAUCAACGACCACUUGUGGUGAUGGACACUUUGCGGGACCCACGAUUCAAGACGAACCCGUUCGUCACUGGUCCACUCGGUGUGCGAUUUUUAGCUGGAGCACCUCUUUUUACGGUGGACAAUGAAUGUGUUGGUGCAGUGUGUGUGCUGGACACGGCACCUCGUGAAUCGCUGCAGGAGUCGCAGAUCGCAACUAUGCAGAAUUUGGCACACCUGGCGAUGGUUAUGGUGCAGGAGCGACGAGAGGCUCAGAGUAAAGUUGCGCGUGCCAUGGUAUCAUCUCAGUUGGUGCCGGCGCGUCAGAACGGUGGUCAAAUUACUAAUACUGCUGGAUCCUCGGAUCUCGUGCCACUCAGCAGCUACUCAGAGACGUCCAUGGUCAUACAGGGUCGGACACAGCAGAAGGAAGAUCUGGCACUCAAGGAGCAGAUGAUUCAGUUGCUGCAGAAGGCAUCACAGGUACGCGACCAGGUGAAUUUGCAGACACACAAGCAGCAGGCAGGGCUCCAGAGCUCUGCCGAAUAG